AUGAAAUUUUGCUGUUUUGAUGAUCGCCGGCGUUUUAUUAGAAAUAUUGAUGAAGACCAUGGCUACAUCGCAGGAACAGCUAUCCAAACAGUUCAAAAGCCGAUAGAAUCUACAGGCCGAUUUUAUGGUAAACUGCAUUCGAGGUCAUUUCCUGAGCUUUCUGAUGCAAAGCGAGAAAAACCUCCCGUAAGACAAAAUUCCGAUAAUCAAGCUUCGACAAUAAAACAUGAACAAAUGAAGCUACCAGUUGCUUCCACAAAGUUUCCUGCAGUAGAAACUGGUGUUAAAAGUAACAACUCAUAUGUAUCCAAUCAAAAUCCUUACAGCUUUGAUCCAGUUUUUAAAAAUAAAGGAAAUUAUUCUGAUGAAGUUUUUGGAGAAUCUACUGGCUCGACGAAAAUUCAAACGAUUCAUAUAGAUUCACGUCCCAGAACACAUCCACCGACCAAUAACAAUCAGCAAUAUCCGUAUAAAAAUAAGCGACCGGUCGUUGAACAACUUGAAAGCAAUCAAAGAAAAAGCAGGCAAACAAUGGACAUGAACAACAAACUUGAAAACCUUUCUUGGUCAGUUAAAGUUAAAAAUAGUUCAAUGUCGCAUAAAUACAAUCGUUUAGUGGAAAUCUAA